GCUGCCGCAGCUACUAUUAGCUCGCUUUGGCGCCUCGUGCUCAUUGGCUCGGCGGCAUCAAACGCUACACAUGGACCAGCUACACCUGCAAAAUAUAAAUCUUCGCUGAAGUCUUGUCGGCGUCACGUCCGCAAAUGUCUUGAACAUGACAAAGGUUGUCCGGGCGGCAGCUGCAGUUUUGCUCCUAUGGUGGAGUGUGUUCAUGCUGUUCAGUCGCACGUCAGGGCUCGGGGUCAACGAGCUGCUGUACUUCCGGGUCAUCAGUCCAGAGGAGAUCGGGUACAUCUUCAGUGCGGCACCUGCCAAAGACUUUGGGGGAGAUUUUACAUCAUCUUAUGAUGAGAUUUUCCUGGUGCCAGCAGACCCAGCGGAUGGCUGCUCGGACCUGAAGGACGGACACAUCAUUCAGGGACAAGUCAUCCUGGUGGAAAGAGGUGGUUGCUCCUUUGUUCAAAAGGCUCAUUAUGUGGAGGAAGCAGGAGGCAAAGCUGUUCUCAUCGCUGAUAAUGCAGUGGACAACGACAGUCAGUACCUCGAUAUGAUCACUGAUGGAACCACAGCCAAACCAAGCAUACCUGCUCUCUUUCUGCUGGGACGUGAUGGGAUGAUGAUCAGACGAUCUCUUCAGAGACAAGCGCUGCCAUGGGCUGUCAUUUCCAUCCCCGUCAACGUUUCCUCUCUGGCCUCAUUCCCUCUCAAGCAGCCGCCAUGGACACUGUGGUAGAAGCGACACACACCUCCAUUUCCAUCCACCUCGUCACUCUGUCGGCUUCCUUUCAUCGGUACAUAUCCCGACGGCGGUGAAUAAACUCUCAGCCUCACAGGAAACUCUUGGUGAUAACCUGGUGGUGGUGGUUAACAAAUUCACUUGCUUCUAGUGGUGAUCCAAUAAAGUGAACAGAUAUUCACAUGAAUAGAUCACACUUACACACACACACACAGCCCUUGAACCGAGUCAAGACAGACCCAACAGGAAACACUCAGAGCUUAGCUGAAGUUUGAAUAACAGGUGCAUUGCCGGUUCAAAAUGUGCCUGCCGGUAGGGGCUGAUUGCUUGUAGCCAGAGUGUGUGUGACAUCAUCAGUUACAAGUGUGAUUUCAUCGAACUUUGUGUCCAUUGGAUGGUUGAGAAGGGUUUAAUAUAGAUUCAUUCAUGUCUGUAUUUUAAAUAUUCUCGACAGCAGUUUGUUCAAAAACACUUUGGUUCCUUGGAUCCUCAGCUAUACACCCGCACAGUUUGAUGUUGAUCAGAUGAGCGGUUGUUGAGGAAAUACAGACAGACAUUCCUUGCUUUACGGUAAGAUUACUCAUGACUAUGAGUGUAUCUUCCCGUCGUUCAGUCUCCAGGAACUGUUGUUCACAUGAUGUGUUGGUCACUAGUGAGUAGUGAAACUGGAAAAUUGAAUAUGCAUUCAUGCAACACAAACAGACUGGAGCACAGGUCUAUUCUGUUUAAAGGGUAGGAUAUUCCUCUGUGGGAAAGAAACAAAAAAAACCAUGGCAGUAUAUACACUAUACAGUACACUGGGAAUGUCAUCUCACUGUAAAAAUGUAAAUACAUCCCUCUUUAUCUGCAUGAACUUCUACAGUAAAACUGAUCAUAAAUGAAUAUUCCUUUUUCUUAUGGUAAAUAAAUCUGAAAUUAAACUA